GGACGUACUUGCACACAUUUCAAUGACACAUCUUCUCAUUCGCACCUAUGGACUUAAUUGUUAUCAGAUAUGGCAACCAAAACAACAACCAUAGCAUAAAAACGGGUUAUGCUUAAAAUCGAUAGAUAGGCUAAAGUAAAAUACUGAGAAAACCCACUAGGACGGACGCACCUUCCUACGUUUACUGCUGUCCUACAAUACAACCGUUUUAAGAGGCGACUAUUUGAGUAGUUGCAUAUCAUUGGUACCUUUGCAAGGUAAGGAAACACAGGCAACAUUUCAGGGGAGGGGAUAACGCGAGCAGAAAGUUCUAUAGCCUCACCAGUCAUCAUCAUGCCGAGGUAUAACUUUUUUCUGUGUUUGAUGGUUUAUGUUUGUCUGGGACUGUCUGGGAGUGACGAACCUAACCUUUUUCUGGCACCAACGAGCGAGAUGCCCACGGACGCCGGGCUGUCGCUCCUUGAUGAGGAGGCAGGCGCUCACGAAUGUUCAGCAUGCGUUUGGAGAGAGCAAAGUAAAGUCCUGAGGCUGGAAACCAUCAAAUCUCAGAUUCUGAGCAAGCUGCGGCUCAAGCAGGCUCCUAACAUUAGUCGGGAGGUGGUGAACCAGCUGCUCCCAAAGGCGCCCCCACUCCAGCAGCUUCUGGACCAUCACGACUUCCAGGGAGACGCGUCCUCCCAGGAUGAGUUUAUGGAGGAGGACGAAUAUCACGCCACUACAGAGUCCGUCAUCACUAUGGCCUCGGAGCCGGAGCCCUUGGUGCAGGUGGACGGCAAGCCCAGCUGCUGCUUCUUUAAGUUCAGCCCCAAACUCAUGUUCACCAAGGUGCUGAAGGCUCAGCUGUGGGUGUACCUUCGGCCGCUGCAGCAGACUUCCACCGUCUACCUGCAGAUCCUCAGGCUGAAGCCUGUCACGGAGCAGGGCAGCCGCCACAUCCGCAUCCGCUCAUUGAAGAUCGAGCUCAAUUCACGUGUGGGCCACUGGCAGAGUAUCGACUUCAAGCACGUGCUGCAGAACUGGUUCAAGCAGCCGCACACCAACUGGGGAAUCGACAUCAAUGCCUUCGACGAGAGCGGCAACGACCUGGCAGUGACCUCUCUGAGACCAGGGGAGGAAGGGCUGCAGCCGUUCCUGGAGGUUAAGGUUCUCGAGACGACCAAACGUUCCCGACGUAACCUGGGACUGGACUGUGACGAGCACUCCACCGAGUCCCGCUGCUGCCGCUACCCGCUGACGGUGGACUUUGAGGCCUUCGGCUGGGACUGGAUCAUUGCUCCUAAGCGCUAUAAGGCCAACUACUGCUCGGGCCAGUGUGAAUACAUGUUCAUGCAGAAGUACCCACACACCCACCUGGUACAACACGCCAACCCCAGAGGCUCAGCAGGGCCCUGCUGCACCCCCACCAAGAUGUCACCCAUCAACAUGCUCUAUUUCAAUGACAAGCAGCAGAUCAUCCACGGCAAGAUCCCUGGUAUGGUGGUAGACAGGUGUGGCUGCUCUUAGGCCCAACGGAAGUCAUGCAUUCUCAUGCACACCCAACUCUGCAUUAUUUUCACCCAGAACCCUGACUGAGACCUCCUCUGGCAGCAGACUCUCACUCCCCUCUCCCCAGACUCUCACUCCACUCCCCUCUUACUCCCCGCCCCUCUCCUCUCACUCUUCUCCCGUCUUCCCAC